UCAUGUUUUCGAAUAUACGCAGCCUGUAACAUCCGGGUCCUGCGCCUGUAGCUCUUCAGAAGCUAACGUUAGCUGUCAAGCUGUCAAGUGGAGAGACUGGGGCAGACGUUUCAGCUUUCCCCCUGGCUUGUCCGCACAAAGCUUAGUUUCCCACUCAAAUCACCAGAAAUUAGAUUAUCCUCUAGCUCUCCAGCUGAAAUAAUGUAAUGCAUCACGGGAGGACGCAAAGAGGGACCUCCACAUUUAUACAAUUUAUAUGCACCGAGUCUUGAGUGACGACAGUUCGUCGCUAGCUCACAAGCUAGCUUAGCUUAGCUACCACACACCUGUAUUUCGUCGUUGUACACCUUCUGGUGUAAACUGCGGACACUUGGUCCCCGUCGCAGAUUGAGCAACUGUCAACUGGUGUGUUAGUUAUUUGGUUGUUAAAAGGACACAAUGGGAGCAUUUCUGGACAAACCAAAGAUGGAAAAAUACAAUUCCCGUGGUGAUGGUAACAACCUGAGGUAUGGGCUGAGCAGCAUGCAGGGUUGGAGGGUUGAAAUGGAGGAUGCACACACAGCAGUAAUUGGCCUGCCUCGUGGUCUCGAGCUCUGGUCAUUUUUUGCUGUUUACGAUGGGCAUGCCGGCUCUCAGGUGGCCAAGUACUGCUGUGAGCACCUCCUGGAACACAUCACUAGCAACCCAGACUUCCAGAGUGCUCUACAGGAAGAAAACAAUGUAGACAGCGUGAAGAAUGGAAUCCGCACAGGAUUCUUGCAGAUUGAUGAACACAUGCGAACCAUCUCUGAGAAGAAGCAUGGUGUCGACCGCAGCGGCUCCACUGCAGUAGGGGUGAUGAUUUCUCCAAGCCAUAUCUACUUUAUCAACUGUGGUGACUCUCGGGGUCUCCUCAGCAGAGGGGGAGUUGUGCACUUCUUCACACAGGAUCACAAACCUAACAACCCCCUUGAGAAGGAGAGAAUCCAGAAUGCAGGUGGCUCAGUUAUGAUCCAGCGAGUUAAUGGAUCUCUAGCUGUCUCAAGAGCUCUGGGAGACUUCGACUACAAGUGUGUGCACGGAAAAGGCCCAACAGAGCAACUUGUUUCUCCAGAGCCUGAAGUGUAUGCAAUAGAAAGAUGCGACGGGGAAGAUGAAUUCAUAAUACUAGCUUGUGACGGCAUCUGGGAUGUCAUGGCCAAUGAGGAACUCUGUGACUUUGUGAGGUCAAGGCUAGAGGUUACAGAGGAUCUUGAAAAAGUCAGCAAUGAAAUUGUCGACACCUGCUUAUACAAGGGAAGCCGUGACAAUAUGAGUGUUGUGCUAAUUUGCUUUCCUGGGGCUCCAAAGGUUUCUCCAGAAGCAGUGAAAAGGGAGGCUGAGCUGGAUAGUUAUCUUGAGGGCAAAGUAGAAGAGAUAAUCAAGAAGCAGGAAGGUGUCCCAGAUUUGGUUCAUAUUAUGCGGAUAUUAGCAUCCGAGAGCAUCCCAAACCUUCCUCCAGGUGGAGAACUGGCAAGCAAACGAAGUGUUAUUGAGGCGGUGUACAACAAACUUAACCCAUACCGAAGUGAUGACACUGACUCUGCAUCCACAGACGACAUGUGGUAACACAACCUCCUACCACUAACACAGCAUAGAGUUUACAAACCACCAUCCUCUCAAGACCCACAGCAGCUCAGCUCAGCAGUCUGCUUCUCCGUCACUCUGAGCUUUUGGUUUCUAAGAAGGGAAUUCAUGGGAGGAGGAGGA